AUGACGGAUCAUUUAGAAAUUGAUAAUUUAUACAUUGGAUUCGAUUUAUCAACUCAACAAUUGAAACUCUCAGUUAUUGACGAUAAUUAUAAACUUUUCUUUGAAGAAACUGUUCAUUUUGAUAAGGAAUUAUCACAUUAUGGAACUCGUAACGGCGUUGUCUUGAAGGGAGAGACCGUGACAUGUCCAACAUUAUUGUGGGUAGAAUCAUUAGAUAAACUUCUUGAAAAGCUCAAAACUAUUAAAUUUCCGUUUCAUAAAGUUCGAGUGAUAUCUGGAGCUGCUCAACAACAUGGAAGCAUCUAUUGGUCACAUAACGCCUUGUCGUUAUUAUCCUCACUCGACUCUUCUCGACCUUUAGUACAUCAAUUAACAAACGCGUUUUCGAUUCUACAAUCCCCAACUUGGCAAGAUUCAAGUACAUCAGAACAAUGUAGCGAAUUAGAAAAGUUAAUAGGUGGAGCAGAAGUGUUAGUAAAUUUAACGGGAUCAAAAGCAUAUGAAAGGUUUACCGGGAAUCAAAUUUCAAAGAUUUGUAAGACAGAUCCAACCGCAUUUUCUCAAACCUCACGAAUUUCUUUAGUUAGUUCAUUUCUCGCAAGUUUAUUUCUCGGUCAUUAUGCGCCUAUUGACAUUUCAGAUGGUUCAGGAAUGAAUUUAUUAAAUAUUCAUACUAAACGAUGGGAAGAUAAGUUAUUAGAUAUAUGUAGUGAUGGUGCUGGAAGUGAAUUAAAAGAAAAACUUGGUGAACCUGAAAUCGAUGGAAUAAAAAUUUUAGGGAACGUGAACGAAUAUUUUGUCAAGAGAUAUGGAUUCAAUAAAGAUUGUAAAAUUAUUCCAUUUACUGGUGACAAUCCUGCUACAAUAAUAUCUCUUAGUGUUAAACCCGGGGAUGUUAUAAUCUCCCUUGGAACUUCGGAUACGGUACUACUUUAUACUUGUAAACCAUUUCCGACAUUAGAUUCUCAUACAUUAUGUCAUCCAUUUAUACCGAAUUCCUACCUUUCAAUGUUAUGCCGUAAAAAUGGAAGUUUAACACGUGAAUAUAUACGUGAUAUUUAUGCUAAAGAUGAAGAUAACGAGUUAUGGAAUACAUUUAACAAUAUCUUAAAUACGACUAAACCUAUGAAAUCAAAGAUAGGAUUUUAUUUUCUUUUACAAGAAAUCAUUCCGUUUGCGAAAGGAAUCUUUAGAUUUGAUAAUAACAAACUAGUAGAAGAAUUUGAAGAUAAUCCAAAUUACAACGUAAGAGCUAUUAUUGAAUCACAAUUUCUUUCAAUGAAAUUAAGAAUCAAUAAAUUAUUAAGAAAUGAUAAAGAAAAGAUCGAAAGAUUAAUCGUUGUAGGAGGUGCAAGUAAUAAUGAUGAAAUAUUAAAAAUUUUAGCAGACGUUUUUGGAACUAAAGUUUGGAAAAGUCAAAUCGAAGGGAAAGGAGGAAUUUCAGCUUCUAUGGGAUCUGCUAUAAAAGCUAGAUUGGCUCUUUUGAAACAAGAGAUUAAAAGUAUAAAUUAUUAUGAAAUCGAAGAAAAUUAUUCACUUGCAGCUAACCCUAACUUGAAUAAUACAAAGAUUUAUGAAGAUAUGGCUGAAAAUUAUCAAGAAAUGGAAAAGUUGGUGAUUGAAUAA